AGAUUCCAUUCCAUAGUUAUAUUGUUUGUUUUUUUACUUUGUUUUGUUUCAUUAAUUAAUAUAUGUUUAAAGUAUGAAAAAAUAUUAAUAAAAAAUCAGUUUAUUUGAGUAAAAUGAAAUCAUAUAUUUUGUGUACCCUUUUGGGUAUUUUAACCACAGCAAGUGCCCAGUCGUAUACAGAAGUGGAUAACAGACAGCCUUGCGUUAUACCCAAAAUAUUGCAAGGAUCAUGGUUUUCUUGGGAGACGGGCUUUCCUACACAAACAGUUUUGGAUGCCAAGCAGAUGUCUCGAAGAGGUUAUUGUGUGGCAAUGGAAAAACACCACGGUGAUGAAUAUUCGUUUGUUUUCAAGGAACAAAAUGUCAAUUGUUACCAUUGCGUGAAAACUUUUAUAAGGACUCUGAAUGUUUUUGAAAAAUUCGAAGGUCCUUGUGUAUCGAUUCCUGACGGCGUUGAACCAAGCGUUGAAAACGUUUGUCAUGGCAUCAAAGAUGAUCAACAGUUAAUCACCCUAUUUAAUGAGAAUUUUGUACCCAUUAAUUGUCGCAGUUCUUUAGAAGGCGUUUGGCAUUUUACAUAUCAAAAUAGAUUCCGCUUCACUGGUGUCUGUAAUAGACCCGAUGCACGCAUCCAUUCUUGCCAAACAGCUGGUACACAGUUUUUGAUACAGAAUCAAAAAUUCAACAUUACGUAUCAACAGUGCCAAGGUAUGGAUGGCACCUUUAGUGGAAUUGUGGAGUACAGUUGCCUAGGUGACUGGUUUGUUGGCAAAAAUCAUUACUUUGCUGUGGCCAACACCAAAGAAUCUCGCAAGGAUGAAAAGUAUCGAUGCUUUUUAAAAAAUCGUGACGAUGACUUGUACAUAGGCGUUUCUAUCACAGCUGAGUGCAAUACAUUAAAAACGCCAGAAAAAUCUCCAGAACGUUUAAAGCUUACGCCUGUCAAAGCGGAAUAUGUGGAGCCAGGUUGUACAUUGCCUCAGAAUUUCAGUGGAGAAUGGGUUAACACUGCCAACAUCGAUGCUGAUGUCAUUAUUGAUGACACCCAUAUCAACGAAACCUACUAUCCAGAUAGAGCACGUUAUAGACGAACCAUUUACAUAUGCCGGGAACGACGUGGAAAUCGCAUUAUGAUGGCCCGGCUAACAGUUGAUGGUUGUCAAAAGGAUUAUGUGUGCUUUGAUUUUAUGCCUAGGCAUCAUAAUAUAAUACGCUAUCGCAAGGGUUUGGCUGUUAUAAAGGAUGACUUUAGCACAGUCUGUUCAUGGGUACAAUUUAAAAAUGCGGAAGCUUGGAAAUAUGAUUUAUUUUUGGCCAAAAAUCCUGUACCAGUCAGAUGCCCUGUCGCAGGCAAAUUUAAUUUUACACAACGUGGAGAGCAUCCAUUCAAAACAAGAAUUUUAGGUGGUGUAACAUUGAGUCCCCGUCCCGAUAUUCGAUGCAAACAAAAUAUUUCCGAUUUAUCUGUAUGCGAUACAGAUCAAAAAGAAAUGGCUGUCGACGAAAACUACUGCCUUUCGGUUGACCAUUUGGGCAGACCCGUAGAUAUUUACAGUGAUCCCGAUUAUCGAAUGAAGUGCAUAGGAUUUUGGAAAGAGAAUUUAAAAUCAUAUCUCAUAACCUACGACGAUUUGGAUCCGUUGUCGAAAUACAGAUGUUGGGUUUAUCAAAGAGCUGAUUUGAACAGAGUGUUAAUGUCACAAGCUGUUGGAGCUUUCUGUAAAUUGAACCAAGAUGUUACCUCAUGGAAUCACAGCGAAGGUGCUGCUGUAUCUAUAGAUGCCAUAGAAUAUGAGCGUGAACGAGAUGAUUGUCCCAUGUAUUUUGAUGAUGGCGAAAAUCCUUGGCGCCAAUCUGAUGCUUCUAAUGUAAUUUUUGAUUGGGACUUUUACAAAGCAGGCGCAACUCGCUUAGUGUCAAUAAUCAAUCUAGAAUUAAUGUUAACAAUGUCAUUUGGUUUUAUUAUCUUAAGAUUAGUGAAAUUUAUGUUCUGAAAAAAAAGUUCUAAAGAAACCUUCAGGUUCAUGAAAUAUGAAAAAUGUUAGCUUCUUUUACAUUUGAAUCGAAUAGCGUUGAAAUUUUAUAUAGACCAAACACAAAACCCGAUUUAAAACAGAAUCUCAUGCGCAAAAACCAAGUGUCUUAUUAAUAUUAAAUAUAUACAAAAGCCUAUAUGCCUUUACACUAGUAUAAGUUACUUGCUAAUCCGUCCAUUACCGAUUUUUAGUCAUAAAAUUAUACAAAACAUGUAUGUACUCCAAUAAUUUCUUUUGCAUUCCGUAUUUUAAGGUUUAUAUUCUUUUAAUAAAAUUGACAACUUGUGACAGUUGAAGAUAAACGAAAACAACACUAUCUGAUCAUUCAUACAAAAGUAUCAUAAGCUUAUAUAGUACUAAAAUAAAGUAAUAUCCCAUA